AUGAUUGACCUUAAUGUUACAUUACUUUCCGUCUGUCAAUCGGCUUUAUCAGAUGGUGGAGGGUACAACUCUGACGCUUCAUAUGUAUGGAAUUUUAUGGCUACAACACCAUCAUCAUCCACAACAUUACUGUCAUCUCAUGAAGAAAAAUGUAGUGAUUUUUAUAUUGCAUGUCGUACAAACGAUAUUGACAAAGUUAAACGUAUAUUAAAAACAUAUAAACCAGCUGAUAUUGAUUAUAUUGAACCAUGUGGUAGUACUGCAUUACAUGCUGCUUCGUUCUAUGGAUAUUAUGAAAUAGUUAAAUUAUUAUUAGGAUGUGAUGCAUCAAAAAAUAUUAAAAAUAAAUUUGGUCUUACUCCAUCCCAAGAAGCAAAAACACCACAAAUUAAAAACUUAUUUGAUCGUUUUGGUAAUAGUGAUGCCUAG